UUGAACCACCCCCGAAGAGCUCAAAAGUAGAAAGACAUCUCAAAAUUAGGCCAUAUAAAUAGAGGGGUUAGGAGAUCUUAGCAUGAACAUUCUAAAGUUUUGAGAGUGACUUCACAAUUUUUAGGGUUUUUUGAUAAAUCUAACCUUUUAGAUUCAAAUAGGAGACUUUGAGUUUCACUUUAGUGGUUUCUAGAUUGAUAGCUUGACACCAAAAAAGUGUUGGAUGAUUAUGAUAAUGAUGAUGAGAAGUGGAAGCCAUAAGUAAGGAGGAGAAAGAAGAACGAAAAUAGGGAAAAUAAGGAGAAAGAAGAAGCAUCCCUCGAUGUCGUUCAUUAUCAGGACCAUGUUUAACAACAAUGAUCACAAAAGAAAUGCCAUGGCUAAGGUUUUUAGGUUAGAAAAUGAAAAAAAAGUAAGGAAAAAAUAAAAAGAACAAAAAUUAAAGAAAAAGAAAUUAAAAAGAAAUGAGAUUAUUCUAAAUUUAACAGUGAAGUAAUCAAAUUGAUCAAAAUUUUUUUAAUGAAAACGAGAAUGAUCUAAAUUUGGAGAUUCUAAUAGGAUAAUUUAUCCUAAGUUCAAAUAUAAAAAAAUAAUAAGGGAAAAAUAAGCUGCUGAUGUUUUUUCCCUAAGAAAACUAAUAAAAUGUGUUUUUUAUUUUUAUUUUGUUUUUCAUAAGAGAGAGAUUUUGCUUUGACCGAUUCCUCAAUUACUCUCUUAUAUUAUUCACUUUUCUUUCUAUGAUUGAGAAAAAGAGAGACUAUUUGUUUGUUUGGCAUUAACAGCGACGAGAGAAGCUGAGAUGGAAGGCAGCUGCCUCUGAUUCAAACUCUGACACACCCCUUCGGAACUGAAGUCUUCUCAUUCUCUAACUUUCUCAUUUUAAUUUAAACAUACAUCUUAUCUAGGAUCUUCCCUUGUUUUUGCUGUUGUUACUGAUCUCUUCAUCUUAACAUCACCGUCGUUGAAAAAAAAAGACCCUUGUACUUUACUCUCUCUCUUCUCUGGUAAAAUUGGUCUGUUUAUUGGUUAGUGAACAAUAGAACCCGGCAAACCUUUUCAUUUUCCUAUCUGUUUGUUCGUUAGUGAACAAUAGAGCCCGGCAUACCUUUUGAUUUUCCUAUCUUCUCAGAUCCAACCCUUUGUCUAUCUCCCCAUCUGUUUGGUGAGACUUGGUGUUAAUGGACUGGAGCUUAAGUAUGAAUGAAAAUUGGUACUCUGAAUGCUUUGCUGGGACAUGGGUCAUCUUUAGGUUUAGACUGCUUUGAUUCAAUAAGUAGCUAGGGGCCCUAUUAGUUUUGUGGGAAGUUAGCAGCUUUGAUUUACAUUGUAUCACUGCUUUGAUAAAAAUAAGGAAGCAGUGUUUGUUCUUGUACAUACUUGAGGUUCUUGGCCUUUUAUGGCAAAUUUCAAUCAAUACUGAAGUAUAAAAAUUUCUCGUGAUUAGCACAAAUGGGUGGGCUUUGCUCGAGGAGAUCCACUGUAGAUAAUGCUCCCAGUGGAGGCUUCCCACAUGUUAAUGGCCAUAUUGGUCAAAGGACUGGAUUAGUUUUUCAGACCCGUGAACUUCCUGCUAAGAUAAACGCCAAAUCAAAUCCCCCUCCAUCUGAGGAUAAUGCAGACAAGGUGUCUGGAGAACCGUUCUCCUUCCCAGAGAUCAGUACAGCUCCAUAUUGGACAAGUGCAGAUGAUAUCAAUGAUGGAAUUCCUCGAUUGUCAAGGGUGUUAUCAGAUAAAUCGAGAUCAACAAAAUCUAAGCAGGUUACUGCAGCAAAAGUUUCUGAGGUUGGCUCUCUUUUAGGUAGAGCUGGUACUGCUGGGCUUGGAAAGGCUGUGGAAGUUUUGGACACCCUUGGUAGUAGCAUGACAAAUUUGAACCUCAGCAGUGGCUUUACCUCAGGGGUAACAACAAAAGGGAAUAAAAUAGCAAUUCUAGCUUUUGAAGUUGCAAAUACGAUCGUUAAAGGUGCCAAUCUGAUGCAAUCACUUUCUAAGGAGAACAUCAGACAUUUAAAAGAGGUGGUCCUUUCAUCAGAAGGAGUGCAAAAUUUGAUAUCAAGAGAUAUGGAUGAACUCCUGAGAAUUGCAGCUGCUGAUAAGAGGGAAGAGUUAAAAGUUUUUUCUGGAGAGGUGGUACGUUUUGGCAACCGUUGUAAAGAUCCUCAGUGGCAUAAUUUGGAUCGUUAUUUUGAAAAGUUGGGUUCUGAGCUUACACCUGAGAAGCAAUUGAAGGACGAAGCAGAGGCAAUAAUGCAACAAUUGAUGUCUUAUGUUCAGUAUACAGCUGAAUUAUAUCAUGAGUUGCAUGCCUUGGACAGAUUUGAACAAGAUUAUCGACGGAAGCUUCAGGAAGAGGAUAAUUCAACUGCUGUUCAAAGAGGAGACAGCCUAGCAAUAUUAAAAGCAGAAUUAAAGAGUCAAAAGAAGCAUGUGAGAAGUUUGAAGAAAAAAUCUCUUUGGUCAAGGAUUUUGGAAGAGGUCAUGGAGAAGCUUGUAGAUGUUGUUCAUUUCUUGCACUUAGAUAUUCAUGAGGCCUUUGGCAGUGCUGGUGGUGAUAAACCUAUUAAAGCUUCUGUUAGUAGUCAUAAGAAGUUGGGAUCUGCUGGUCUUGCAUUGCACUAUGCCAAUAUCAUUACUCAAAUUGAUACCCUUGUGUCUCGGUCAAGUUCUGUGCCCCCUAAUACUAGGGAUUCAUUAUAUCAAGGUCUACCGCCUACAGUAAAGUCUGCUUUGCGGUCCAGACUGCAGUCAUUUCAGAUAAAAGAAGAGCUAACUGUCCCACAAAUCAAAGCUGAAAUGGAGAAAACAUUGCAGUGGCUAGUUCCUAUUGCCACUAACACAACCAAAGCUCAUCAUGGGUUUGGCUGGGUUGGAGAAUGGGCAAAUACUGGGUCUGAGGUGAAUCGUAAACCUGCUGGCCAAACUGACUUGCUCAGGAUUGAAACGCUACACCAUGCGGACAAGGAGAAAACUGAAGUUUAUAUUCUCGAUUUGGUAGUGUGGCUUCACCAACUUGUUACCCAAGUGAGGACUUGCAAUGGUGGAAUCAGGUCUCCUGUUAAGUCUCCAGUUAGGUCCCCUAAUCAGAAGAUGGUUCAACUAACUCAGAAACCUACAUCACCAAUGUUGACAGUCGAAGAUCAGGAGAUGCUUCGAGAUGUUAGUAAGAGGAAAAACACACCUGGAAUAAGUAAGAGCCAGGAAUUCGACACAGCAAAAACUAGGUUAAGCAAGCACCAUAGGUUAAGUAAAAGCAGUAAUCACUCUCCUACAAGUGAAACUAAGAAAGAUCCCUUCCCUAUUCGGAGGCUGUCUUCAGUUCCUUUCAUCGACUUUGAUAUUGACCGGAUCAAGGCAUUGGAUGUCAUUGAUCGAGUUGACACACUCCGGAGUUCGUAAUUACAUGUUGAAUUGAGAUUCCUUGGCAAAAGAAGAGGACUUUUGCUUGUGUAAAGAGUCCAUCUGCUGCUCCAUUUUCCCAUUUGGCGUCCUAAACGCUAAGUGGUUUGCGGUUGGCUAUAUUUUUGGUGAGUUACCAGCAGUGGGUGCUGUGUGGCACAAGCUGUUAACUAUUUUUUCUUUUUGCAUGUGAAAAGUUAAGGGGGUGAUUAAAUGAAUUGUUCAAGCCUCGAAAUCAAGUGAAAUUAAACUGUUUCAGAAUUAAACUGAAUUCAAGGCUGUAGUUAGUUUUCUCUUUAGUUCUAUGUGUACAGAAUAUUUUAUCACAAUAAGUAACAAUUUCUGCUCUUUUGUCUUUCCUUUUA